GGGCAGAUCUAGGGCAAGGGGAGGUCAAGAGAGGGCAGGCUGAGCAUCCCAAGGGGUGCCCGAGAGCAGGGCAGCAGGGGCGGGGAGCCGAGGGGGCGGGCCGGCAUGUCUCACGGGACCUACUAUGAGUGUGAGCCCCGGGGCAGCCAGCAGCCACUUGAGUUCUCGGGGGGCCGAGGUGGGCCUGGGGAGCUGGGGGACAUGUGUGACCAUGAGGCCUCCAUCGACCUUUCUGCCUACAUCGAGUCUGGGGAGGAGCAGCUCCUCUCCGACCUCUUUGCUGUGAAGCCAGCGCCUGAAGCCCGAGGCCUUAAGGGCCCUGGAACCCCCACCUUCCCCCACUACCUGCCGCCUGAUCCGCGGUCCUUUGCCUACCCCCCCCAUACCUUCGGCCCAGACAGGAAGGCAUUGGGGCCUGGCAUCUACAGCAGCCCAGGGAGCUAUGACCCCAGGGCUGUGGCGGUGAAGGAGGAGCCUCGGGGGCCAGAGGGCAGCCGAGGUUCCAGCCGAGGUGGCUACAAUCCCCUGCAGUACCAAGUGGCACACUGUGGGCAGACGGCCGUGCACCUGCCCCCAACCCUGGCAGCUCCAGGCCAGCCCCUGCGUGUGCUCAAGGCCCCUUUGGCAGCUGCUGCACCCCCCUGCAGCCCCCUCCUUAAGGUGCCCUCCCCAGCUGGCCCUUUGCACAAGGGCAAGAAGGCAGUGAACAAAGACAGCCUGGAGUACCGGCUGCGGCGGGAGCGCAAUAAUAUCGCCGUGCGCAAGAGCCGGGACAAGGCCAAGAGGCGCAUUCUGGAGACUCAGCAGAAAGUGCUGGAGUACAUGGCUGAGAAUGAGCGCCUUCGCAGCCGGGUGGAGCAGCUCACCCAGGAGCUGGACACCCUCCGCAACCUCUUCCGCCAGAUUCCUGAGGCUGCCAACCUCAUCAAGGGUGUGGGGGGCUGCAGCUGAGCCUGGCUGGUGGACUGUGGACACCAGGCCCCCUAGCCCAGCCUGACCCUGGGGACCUCACCCUGCUUGGGACCUAGAGCCCUUCACAGGCAGAGCCUGAGACAUGGACCAUGGACAGAUGGCAGCAGGGUAGCAAGGGAGGGCAGGACCCAGCAUAAUGAUUCUAUGGCUGAAUAAAAUUGCCUGUGACUUGG